AUGAAGAAAGGGAAGAAGGAAGAUCUAGAAAGUGCAAAAAGAAAGGUAAACAAACCCUUGUCGUCGUCCCCUGCAGUUUUCUCAGGGAUCUACUAUAUCAUCUGGAAAAUUGUGGCCAAAGAAUGGGAUAUGGUGAAAGAAAUCUGGGAGAGGAAGAAGAAGCACAGGCUAGCAGAAGAACUAGCAGACUUCUUAAUAAGGCAAGACAACUCAUGGAUGGACACAAAACAUGGAGAACCUCGAACUGAGGUUGUUGUGCCGGUGAUUCAACCUUCAACAAAGAAAGCCAAGCUUGAAAAGACACAAUCCUUAGAAAACCCCAUUCCCUGCAAAGAUUACACGCCAUUGUUGCUAGCAGCAAGCACCGGCAUCGUCGAGAUCGUCAAGAAAAUCGUUGACCUUCAUCCCGACGCCAUCUCGCAUGUGAGCCAACAUGAUGAGCAGAACGUGUUACAUGUCGCCGUCAAGCAUCGUCAGAAGAAUGUUUACAAAGUUCUGAAGAAAUAUGGAGCUCUCGGACGCUUAGGGUCUCAGAUGGCCAACCAAGGUCGGACCCUUCUGCAUCAGGUUGCGAGGAUGGAUUAUUAUGAUGGAGGAAAUCAACCUGGUGUUGUCUUCCAGCUUCAGGAGGAGCUACGUUGGUUCGAACGAUUGAAGAGGAUAGUACCUAUUCCUUACCAGUUAUUUUGCAACGACAAUAAUUUAACAGCAAAGGAGCUUUUUGAUUUAGAGCACUCAGAAAUGCUCAAGGAAGCUCAAGAGUGGAUCAAGGGCACAGCUCAGUCGUGCUCCGCGGUGUCCGUCCUGGUGGCCACUGUGGUCUUCGCCGCAGCCUACACGGUCCCAGGCGGCAUCGACGAAAACGGCGUCCCCGUCCUCAUCAACUCUCCACUCUUCCUCUUCUUCGCCAUCAUGGAUGUUGUGGGGCUGGCAAGUUCUCUAGUCUCAGUGAUGAUGUUCCUUUCCAUCCUUACGUCCCCAUUUCAGAUGCAAGAGUUCUACAAAUCCCUACCCAGAAAGCUCACAAUGGGAUUCACCUUAUUGUUCAUCUCUUUAACCACCACGUUGCUGGCUUUUGGGUCAACCAUUUUGCUGACAAUAAGAAUGGAGAACAAGAAAUGGAGCUCCAGUUUGAUUUACAGUGCUACGUUCUUCCCUGUGACUCUUUUUGGAUUGACGCAAUUUCCCAUUGUGAUGGCAAUUAAGUACAGAAUGAAGAGGCUGAAGAAGACCAUAAAGAGGUUGAUUCCGAAUGAUAUCAUUACCAUAUCCACCAAACCCAAGAAGAAAAGAGUUUAUUCAAAAUACGUAUGA